AGCACAAACAGAAAAUGCAUCCAUCUAUGUAUGAUGAUAAUAGUGGGUCUGAGCGACUAAGGUGCAGCCAAAGGGUCCUAUCUGCAAAAGAUUCUUCGAAAAAGACCCGGGUUUUAUCAACAGCAUCAUUAUCAGGUUCUCAUAUCAAUGAAACUCUGAUGGAUGGACCUACUGACUCUUCUGCCGAGUCAGGAGUUUGGUGGAACCGUCGGCGUAAGAAACUAGUAUCGAUUGGGUCAGAGUUUCAAGCGGAUAUUCCAGAAUGGAAAAAUGACGUCUAUGAAUCUGACUCUAAAUGGUUGGGCACCCGAAUCUGGCCGUUGGAUAAAAAUGAACAGAACAGAAUGUUACUAAUUGAAAGAGAUCCUGCUGGGAAAGGAAGGCAAGAUACAUGUGGCUGUGAAUAUCCAGGUUCUUUUGACUGCAUCAGGUUUCACCUUUUUGAGAAAACAAGGAAGGUUAAAUUUGAGCUAGGAUCCGCCUUUUAUCACUGGAAAUUUGACUGCAUUGGCGAAAAGGUUGCACUCUCUUGGACAGAAGAAGACCAACAAAAAUUCCACGAUAUAGUGAAGUCGAGCCCUUUGUCUGAGGAUGAGAGUUUCAGUUUCUGGCCUGAACUUUUUAAGGUCUUUCCUCACAAAAGCAGGGAAUCUUUGGUAAGCUACUAUUUUAAUGUCUUCCUUGUACGGCGAAGAGGUCAGCAGAAUAGGAUGAAUGCAAGUGACAUUGACAGUGAUGAUGAUGAAUCAGGGUGUGGACCUAGAUCUAUUUGUUUUGGCCGGGAUAAGUUCUCCAUCUUGUGUUCCCCGAAGAAAGCACAUCUAGAUCCCAACUAGUAACUGAAUGGACUUGUUCAGAAAUGUAAAUUUGGAGGAGUCUUGGUCUUUUUGCUUCAGCAAUUUUAUUGGGGUUUAAGGGUGGUUUACAGAUAUAUCAAUUUUUGAUCUACAUUUCUCAAUUUACGCUCCCUGUAGAGUUAGCAGUGCUUGAGUCAGAAAGAAACAACACUGCUAGGAGCACAAAUUUUCACCCAACAGCAAAGUCUCUUGAGUUUAUAUAUAUACAUGCUGCUCUAAACUGAAGUUACCAUUUUGUUCUUUGUUUGAUGA